CUACUGGAAAUGUCAGCCCCCCAUCCAAAAUUCCCGAUCCUCAUACUCUGAAUACCUUGAUGGAUGUGUUUAUCGUGGUUUAGAGUGAGAGUGGUGGAGGAUGGAUGCUGCUGCUGCUCCAAUGACCAUAAAGAUGAAGGCUUGUUGUGGUUAUGGUGGCAUCAUGGCCAUGGAAAUAAGAUGGGCAACUAGGAAGGAAUACAGCAACAAAGUUUCAACGACGUUAAAACCAAGAAUACCCAUUUUCAUAUCCACAAACCCUUCGCACAUAAACCCUCAAGAACUGAGAGACCUCUACGGCAGCUGUAACCACUCCUGCCACAGGUUUCCAAAGAUGGACAAGAUGGGAAAACUAGUUGAGCCUGUUGACAUCAAGAGACUAAGCGUUGCUCUUUCUCACAGUGCUCUCCUCGUCUCUGUCUUUUGCAAUAAAGAAGAUGUUUUGGCUAGUGAUGAUGAUUGUGGAAAUGAGCGUGAACCCAGUAAAGGAGAGACUCCUCCCGUGCUGGGUUUGGGAGAUUUGUUGCACAGGGUGGUGCCUUUGCCUGUGUUUUCACCUUCCACUGGCAUGUUAGUGGGAUUUGGCCGUGCUGUUUCUGAUCAUGGAUUGACUGCUUCCAUCUUUGAUGUCAUGGUUAUUCCUUCAUUACGGGGGAUGGGAAUUGGGACGAUGAUAGUUAAAAGGAUCAUUAGAAUACUCACAAGUAGAGAUAUUUAUGACAUUGCAGCCCUUUGCUCGGCCAAUGAGAGAUACUUUGAACAUGUGCAUGAAAACUUAGCCAUUAACAAUGGUUUACCUAACCAUUGUCAGGCAGUUCUUCAAAGCCUGUGGAUUUGGAGAUGACAUAAUGGGGUCAACUACAAUGAUGUAUACAAGGACUCUUUCAACUCACAUUGAAGGUGAUCAGAUGGUUAAAUAUGCUGGUCGAAAACUUUUGCUGGUUCCGCCGCUACGUCAGUCUUCCUAGUCCUUGAAGAAGGCCAAAUUCUCGAGCAUCAAACAGUCAGGCGGACCAAGUGUCAAGAGGGUUUGGACCCGAGUGAUUUCAUUGAAAGAAUGGCGAUGUGCCAAUAUCGUUCAGUCGAUGAUGUCUGUACUGUGUACAAACGAGAACCUUUACUCCAGCCGUUCAUGUAUGCUAUUAUUUAUUUAAUGAGGCACUGUUGAUUCA